AACAUUGCAAAAUAGUGCUUGGAGUUGCAUCUUGUGGGCCUCAGUUACAAACUCAAAAGACUGAAUAUUUUUGUGGCGUUUGUAGGGUUGCUAAAAUGGUAUAUCUCCAGCAAGAUUUGUGGACUUUGUAACACUUUUGGAUCAAUUUGCCACUUUGUGUCCUUUCUGUUCUGAUCUCUACCUGGGUUGCAAAGGCUCUUCUAGUAUUGGUGGCUUAAACCUUUUUGACAAGGUUCAUCAACAACUUAAACUGCUGCUGAGAUUGAUGAUCACCCAGUACCAUUCUAUAGGUAACUUCUCUUCAGGCUGUCAUUAGGCACCAAUGGACCACCAUGACCUCCAUUCUCCUGAACAGCAAGAUCUUCUAGGGAGGGCAAGUAGCAUACCUGAUAGUUCUGGAGCAAAUGCUGGAUUUGAGAAGCAGUUACAAGACUCUGAUCUUGAUAUUAGGGGUUGCAAAGUAACAAAAUUGCCAGAAAUAGAAAUAAAAUGCUUAAGUUUUGGUAAUAGUUCCACUACUUGUAGCAAAGAAGAUGCAGGUGAUAUGAAGAAAACAUGUUCUCUUGUUACUACCUCUGGAGAUUCAGUUAUAAUCAAUCAAAGUUGUUCUGGAGGAGCUCUGAUGGUGAUGUCUCCAUGCAACAUGCCUGUAAAUGAAGGAAAUGCAGAUGGGAAUGCUUUUUGCCAAGCCCCUGAAGUGGUGGAUUCAACACAAAAUACUUCCAUGAGGAGUGAAUCUAGCUCAGAAAGUGGAGAAGAUCUGAAGAAGCAAAACAGUGAGUUGGUAAAUGGUAGGAUGACCAAUUGUUUCCUAAAAAAUGGUAGAGGCAGAUUGAAGUGUAUGGUGCAGGACAAUUGUCACACUAAGCAACAUAAAACUGAGUCUUCCUCUUCUAACUCUACAAAUGUUAUUUUUCCAGCUUCUCCAAAUGACAGCUGCCAGGAUAUAUCAGCAGAUGCCAGGUCAUCAAAGUGCCACAAUACUGGUGCUGAUACUUCCACUUAUAAUAACUUAAAGUGCUAUGUGGACGACUCUUGGGGAAAAAGUUCUGCAUUAGGUUUGGCCACCCAAAUUUCUCCUGGACAUGGGCCUGAUAAUAUCUUUUUACCCUGGAAACAUGGGAAUGUGGAAAAUGCCUCGGAAGUUGUCGACAAUGUGGGAGCAAGAAAUCAUGACAGUAAGCUGGUAGUGAUUGCAGACUGCAAGCCUGUCCUUGUAGAGAUAGAUAGCAUCCUGAAAUCUAAUCUGCCUACAUUAGAAAAUGCAAUUCCUGGUAACCAUGAUAAAGGGGAGUGUUCUUCUGAGCUGGAUGAUGCACUUGAGGUGGCACAGAGGGUAGCAAGGGAAGUGGAGCAAGAGAGAGCCUCAGGAAACUCUUGUGUUCUAGGGAGAAGCAGCAAAACUCUGCAUCGAAAUUGUGCUGAUUCUAGAGUUCCAUAUAAAGAAAAUUGUGUUGGGGAAUCUGGAUGUAGAACACCAUUUUACACGGAAGGUAGUAAUUAUGAGAAAGAGGUGGUUGAUCAAGAAAUCCCACUGUGGGAGAAACCACCAUACUUCAAUAUUAGAGGGCCUGCACAUGACUUUGGGCUGAAAGUGGCACCUGAAGCUAAUCACAAACAGCAAUCUACUCUAAUUACAAAAUCUGAAGAUCUAGUUGACAAAGAUGGAGCUAUUUCUACUUCUGAUUUUGAUCUUAAUGAGGAUGUGGCAAUGGAAGCAGAAUGUACUGAGCUGUUGGUCAAAGAGACAGUUUCUCACAAUGUGCACGGUGUCUUUAAGCCAAAACCUGUAAUGUCUGAAUCUGGGAAGCUUGUCUCCCUACCUGUGGUUCAGUUACAUGACAUUGGUGGCUGGAAGGGACCUGCUGCAACUAGUGCUUUCCGAUUGACUUCUGUUUCUGAGAGUUUUGGUGACAUUAAGACUUCAUCUGCUGCCGACAAACAUAACAACUCUAAAGAUUCAUGCAUUAAAGGGAUUGACCUCAACAUUGCUUCUGCAGGAGUUGAUUUUGACAUGGACUUGGUCCCUGGGAAAUCUAUCCCAGCAUCUUCAAGUCUCCCUCCUAAGGAGGCAAGCUCAAGGCAAGCAGAAAGGUUCAGCAUUGACCUCAACUGUGCUAAUGAAAAUGAAGACAAUUUUCAUCAAAUGAAUCCACCAGCGUCACUGAGGAGACUCCCUAUUAGAAAUUUUGAUUUGAAUGACAAUCCAACCUCAGAAGAUACAUUGACAGAUGCUCACGAGCCAAGUCAAGGUGUGCUAACAUUGGGAAACGGUGCAGUUUCUUUUUUAGGAAAGGCAAGGCAGCAAGAAUCUAAUAAUUUAGGAUCAGAAUUCUGGGCAGAUCCAAGUCCCAUGCAGGUCUUUAGACAUGUUCAUGCUCAACCCUUUCUGUUGGCUGUGCCCAAUAUGCUUCCCUAUAGUGAACACAUGCAGGGGAUAGUUCCUGUACAAGAUGAGUCAUCUUAUAAACCGACCUUGCCACCACCACAAUCUCCUCUUUCUUGGCCCAAUCCAAAUGCAUUCUGCAUUGACCCUAGCAACCACCUUUCUCCAGCUGUAUAUUCUUCUGGUAUCAUUCCUAUUGUAACAGAGCAAAAUGGGCCUACCGUCUUCCCUCAGGUAUUAGGUUCCAGCACUCACCCUGCCUUUUCUGGAGCCUCCCAGUUCACACAGAUACCAGGUGGGCUGGGGCCAAAUAGCCUUGCAACCAUAAGACCAUGUUUUGAUCCAAAGAACAGGGUCACUUUGGAGAAUAGAAGCAAGGAAGAAAGGGGCGGGCGACAGUUUAUUCCUGUUAGUAAUUCAGUGAUGGAAGACCAGAUUAGACCUUUCCAAUCAGUCACCUUUUCUGGUACAGCAGUGAAAAGAAGGGAGCCUGAGGGAGGAUGGGAUUCUCACCAGCAUGGCUACAGACAGGUGACUUAUUGGCACUAGGUUCCUGCAGGUUUGGGAAACAAUUUAACUGCAUAUACUUCUUACUACCGUAGUUCAAAUGUUUUACUUGGCUACAGUAGUUUGGCAAGUCAGACAACUUUUGGGGUUCCACAGAUUAAGUCGGAAAUACAUAUGUUAUUAUUUAUUGCUUCUGCCCAGUUUUGACUUAAAUGUCAUUUUAUUCACUUCCAACAGAAUCUACAAAGAUUUAUGUACAUACGACAUAUUGGACAUUGGUGGUGGACUAGUAAAUCUUCAAAUUGAAAAAUGACAUAAACAUUGUUUCUGCCA